AUGGGCGCAUUCAUCGGCCUCGAAGCCACAGAAGAGAGUGCCAAGUGGAUCUGGAAUCACUAUUUCGCUGCCGUGGCGACCGACACGCUCGGGUUCGAGGUCACCCCGAUCCCGUUUCUCGAACCCGGCGCCGUGCGGCUCCACGAGUGGCUUCUUGUCCACUGGGGCACGCCGAUCGGCGAACUGUGGGAUCUCGAGCGCCUAGCAGAGGUCUGUCGAGAGCGCCGACGGUGGUCCUUUUUCCUGACCAGCGCGCCUCUUCAUGUGGUUGGCGGGGUCGGCACGCCACCCAAUGUCAUUGCGACUCUCUAG